AUGAUCAAGGGCCGUCCUUGCAAGUGUGUCGAGGUUUCGACCUCUAAGACCGGAAAGCACGGCCACGCGAAGGCUCACAUUGUGGCCAUCGAUAUCUUCACAGGCAAGAAGAUGGAGGACCUUUGCCCCGUCUCCCACAACUUGGAGGUGCCGUUCGUCAAGAGGACCGAGUACCAGGUGCUCAACGCUGAUGCCGACACAGGAGAGGUGAGUCUGCUGCAGGAAAGCGGAGACACGAAGGAUGAUCUCAACCUCCCUACCUUUGUCAAGAUCGGAGAGCCUACGGAUGAAGACAAGAAGAUCACUUCGGAGCUGCUGGACGAGUUCGCCAAAGGUGAGAAGUCGGUUUUCGCCAUUGUGCAAGCCGCGUGCGGAGAAGAGAAGAUCGUUGGUAUCAAGUACGUGUGA